GUCGGUGAGAGGCUGUUCUUUGGGAGCUUCAGGUCAGGAACGUGCCUUGGCUUCUUUAAGCCGAGACUCCAGCUCCGAUCGCCGUCUCCCCUCUGCGUCCUGCUCUGACCCCUAGUCUCCUUCUCCCUGCCUCCGCCGCGGAUCCUUGAGGCUCGGCCUCCGCCCGACCGUCAUGGCUCCCCGGAAGCGCAACAGUCGGGCGACCAAGACCAACUCGUUACGGAGCCGAAAACUUGCCUCCUUCCUCAAGGACUUCGAUCGUGAAGUGCAAGUACGAACGAAGCAAAUCGAGGGCGACCGGCAGAACCUCCUCAAGGAGGUGGACAACCUCUACAACAUCGAGAUCCUACGGCUCCCCAGGGCGCUGCGCGACAUGAACUGGCUCGAGUACUUCGCCCUUGGAGGAAACAAGCAAGCUCUGGAAGAGGCAGCAACAGCUGAUGUGGAUAUCACAGAAAUAGACAAAUUAACAACAGAAGCUAUUCAGACACCUCUGAAAUCUUCUAGAAAACAGAAAGUAGUAAAGGUGGAUGAAAUGAUAGAGGAGGAAGAAGAUGAAAAUAAACAUAAAAAUCUUCAAACUACCAUGGUCAAGAAGUGUCCUCCAUCCAAGAAGAGAACCCAGUCCGUGCAAGGAAAAGGCAGAAGCAAAAGGUCAAGCUAUUACAACACGGUAACCCCAGCUGUGGGCAGACUAGAGUUGUCUAUGGUGAAACCAACCCCAGGUGUGACACCCAGGUUUGAUUCCAGAGUCUUCAAGACCCCGGGCCUCCGCACUCCCGCGGCCAGAGAACAGAUUUACCACAUCUCGGCCAAUGGAAGCCCCCUUGCUGACAGCAAAGAGAUCUCCCUCACCGUGCCAGUGGCUGGCGGCUCGAGUAUGCGGUUAUUGGCCAGUGACUUGCAGAAGAUGGACAUUACAGAGCUGGGUCCAGAGGCCAUAGGAAACAUUAAGAAGCUCUCAAGCCGUCUCUACCAAAUCUGCAGCAGCCUGGGGACCCACAGAUGAGAAGACGGCAGAAACAGAGGGCACGAAGUGACCCCAGCAGCAGAGCAUGCAGGUCUCCCCUCCCUCCUGAGGUUGGAAAUGAGUCUUGGACUCGUUCACCUGCUUUGCCCUGGAGUUCUGUCACGCUGCUGUGGAAGUGUGCUUCGUUUAUCCCUCCUUGUCAAUGAGCAAAAACUGCCCUGGAGGCAGCUUCCCCACUUGCACCUCUGUCUGUGGGAACGCGGAUGAGGAAUUGUAGUCUAGGGUCUUACUGACAGGGCGCAGAGCAACCAUGUCUGAGCUGUCUGGUGUGGCGGCCCCUCCCAGGCCUGUGGACCGCAGAGCACUUCUGUGGGGAGCACUGGGAGGGUGGGUGUGGCCUCUCAGGUGACUUCUGUUCUGUAUUCUUAAUUCAUUCCUGUACAGGCUGAGUUGUUUUCAAGUUCUGUCUUUGAGACUUUGAGUUUUUCUGAGUAAUGUUGAAUACCGAAAGAUACUUGCUUUCAAUAAAUCUUGGUUUGUUUUUAAGCCAAUA